AUCAUUUAUUGCAUCUUAAUAUCUCGGGAAAAAAAAUAAAUAAAAAAACUACGAUUAUUUCUUAGCCCCUGCCAUUUUUCUUAUCUUGAUCCCUAAACAUCACCAAAUGCUGCCAUCCGCCGUUCUCAAUACUAACCAAUACGAACUUGUCCAUUUGACGGACAAGGAAGUCAUCCAGUUCACUAGAAGACAAAACUCCGAGGCCUGGAAGGGGAGGUUGUCGCUGGAAGAUUACGUCUUGAGAGAGCAUGUCUUGGGAAAAUCGAAAAUUACAUCCUCCGACGUCAACAGAUUGGUCGUCUACAUGAUGAGACGAGUGGAGGAUGGUACUCCCUUGUGCUCUAUUGAGUUGCUUAUUCGUAAAAGUUGGAAAUUCACCUUUGACGAAACAACUAACCAAGUGGUGCAACAUGAUAUUUUAAGUGGCUGUAUUGGGGGGGUUUUCACCUACCCCGAACAUAGAAAGAAAGGCUAUGCCCGAAUCAUGGUUGAUAAAUUAGUUAAAGUCGCCAAGUCGGAAUUAUUGGGCGAAGAUGGCUUUACCUUUUUGUAUUCGGAAGUAGGUGAGUAUUACACCAAGAAUGGUUUUUUGUCUUUGCCAGUUGACUUGAUGAAUACCCCAGUAGACAUGAAUGACGAUAAGUUAGAACAAGACCCAGAUGUCAAAGACUCCCAAUUUGAACUCGUCGAUUACCACAACUUUGAACCAUUAAUGAAUGACUACAUCACCCAAUUCAAACAAAGCAUUAUUUCCAAAGUGCAAGCUGAUCACAAGACUAGAGUCGCAGUGGUCCCUACCUCGGAUAUUGUCGAUUGGUUCCAUUUAAGAUCGAAAUACAUCUCCUACAAAUUGUUCCACCAAGACAAGGCCCACAACGCCAUUGAUUUCUGGAAUGAAUCUUACAACUCAAUAAGAGACAAAUUAGUCCAUAAUGACCCUUUUAAGUUUGGAUUGAAAUUAUACAACGCUGAUAAAUCAGCAGUAACUGCAUUCAUAGUAUGGACCAUGGAGUGGGCAUCAACCACCGAAAACUACGCUUCGGUUUUAAAAACCGUGGUGUUUGAAGGAGACAAGGACGCAACCACAAUCAAGUUACUCAAAUUGAUGAAGAACUACCUUAUCAAGAAUCCAAUCGUGGACCAAACAACUUCAAAGAUUGUCAUUUGGGAGUCGGAAGUUUCUUCCCUGGUCAAGGAAUUCCUUGUCAACGAAUGGAAUACUAAACAUGGUAUUGAAAAUAGUUCUCGUUCGGCCAUUUUGAUAAACAAUCAAUUGGAAGAUGAACAGUUGAAACUGAAUGAGUUGAUUUGGGAAGGAAAUGAUAAAAUUCCUUGGUUUUAGUGUUUAUUUAUAGAUAAUAAAGAGCAUCCUUUUGUCUUUAUGCUCUACUUGUAAUUGGACUAAAUCUUUUGAAGCUAACUAGGGUAAAAAUGUCACGUCUAUACGAAGGCAAAAACAAAAAAAAACACCAAGCCUAGGAAACUUUCAACGCCUAGGUUUUUACUGACAGAUCAUUAAAUCAUACAUAUUGAAUAGAUACUGUAUUUGCGAUUCCUUCUGAUUUUAAUAAAUAUUAAAGCAAGUACUUUUAUC